CCGCUGAUGUGGACGCCCUAUGGAGCCUCAAAAGCUCCCUUUUAUUAGUAGAGAUUCUAAUUCUAAUACAUAAUUACAUAAUACCUAAAGAUUGUAAAAGGUAAAAAAACCUAUAAGCAUCUAAAGUUUCGUAACCGUCUCGUAGCCACCUCGCGCCUUCUUCUAAUUCACUGGGUGAUGAUGACAAGAGAGGCAUUGAGAUUGCUCGAUCUUCCAUGGGAUUUGGUACUUGAGAUACUCUCUAGAGUUCCCGCUACAUCUCUGGGACGAUUAAGUUUUACUUGCAAGCGAUGGAACGCUCUAUUCAAAGAUCACGAGUUCAUCAAGAAGCACUUGGAUAAAGCAGCAAAACAGUGUAUGGUUCUCAUGUCGGGUAAUUCACGGAAGGUUUAUUCAAUGAAUGUAAAUCUCGAUGGGAUUCACGACAACUUUGUUGAUCCACAAACGUUGCUUAACCUCAAAAAGUUCCACAGUCCGAAACAGUUCAACAUAUAUAAUAUCUUUCACUGCGACGGGUUAUUGUUAUGCAUAACAUGGGGCGUAAGACUCGUGGUUUGGAACCCUUGUACUGGCCAAAUCAGGUGGAUCCCAUUCUGUGGUCGUUACAAGGAUCACACGGAGUUUGCUCUUGGAUACGAAAAUAACAAGUCUUGCCAAACCUAUAAAAUCUUGAGAAGCAGCUGGGAUUUUUAUGCCGCACAACCUCAAGAUGUUGACUGUGGAAUCUAUGAUUUUGAGUCUCAUUCUUGGAAGGAUCUUAAUGACGUGUUUCCCAAUAGCUGCAGAAAAUUACUAUCAAAGGCAGUGUCUUUGAAGGGGAAUAUUUAUUGGGUUGCCAAUAAAAAUGAUGAAGAAGAUUUCUUACUUAGUUUCGAUUUUUCAACAGAGAAGUAUACGUGUUUAUCUAUUAGUUUUUCGAGUGACGACGGUGAUUUUGUUCCUACAACUCUCUCAGUUGUUAGAGAAGAACGACUGGCGGUAUUGUAUAGCAGCUAUUCUCAUCCAACAAAGAUUGAGAUAUGGAUGACGACACAUGAUAAGAUUGAUCAGGCCAGACUUGUGUCGUGGAGCAAAUUUUUAUCACUGGAACUAGAUGAGAAUAAUCCUCAAAUAGAUCUUUCAACUGACAUAACUUUCUUUAUCGACGAGGAGAAGAAAGCGGCCGUGUUAUGCGAUGUGGAAUAUUUUAAUAAGAGGGAUAUGGGUAUGGUAUACAUUGUUGGAGAGGACAAUCGGUUCAUGAAAAUACCCGUAGGAACAAAUAGUUCGGGUCCAGUUAUUUACAAUUAUGUUCCAAGCUUGGUUCAAAUCCAACAGGGUGGAGUAAUGACACGAGAACGAAAAAGGAAAAACAGACAUUAGUAGGUAUAAACCACCGAAAAGGAUUUUUCACUGUUGAAUGUUUUGGGUUGAUCUUUACAUUAUAUACAUCUUCGGAUAUUUAAUCUUUUUAAAGUUUUUAAUUCUGUGGACUUUGUCUUAAACUAGUGUUUUGGUUUUGACUGUUUACAGUUUUGAAUGUUUUAUAUUGUCU